UUUAUUCCCGAAAAAUUGUCACGAAAAUAUUUGGCGGCGUUUAUUUGCCGGAAAAAUAUUUGGUGGUGUGAAUGAAAGACAUGUGGAAACAUGGAGAUAUCACAUAUUUUGGGCACCUUUUUUAAAUUUUUUUUAGGGAAUUUUGGCGGAGAUGGUUGCAGUACGACUAUCAACGAACUUAAUUCGUUUUCCUCUAGCAUUGAUGAAACCUCAUGACUGAUACCUCAUAUACCAAUGGCUCGGCUAAUUACCACAGGAAGAAGAAAUUGGGGAGGAACAUGAAUUUUUUGUUCAGAAUGCUCUGGCCGGCUACAGGUCGUGGCAUAGACGAACAACUAUGUUCACCAUCUAUUAAUAAAGCGCAAGGGUUUAAGGAACCAAAGGGUUUCGAAAUGGAGUUGAGCAAAUUGGAGCAUGAUUCUCACAAGGAGAUUGCACAUUAUGCUCUGGCGCAAAUUCAAACCAGAGUUGUUUCUUUUGAUGAACAGACAUCUAUUUUCAGAAGCUUCAGUUGAAAUACCGCUCUCUCGCCACUGCAUUUGUUGCGACUUGCCAACACAUAUAUCACAGGUAUUGACACGCACCUGUUGUUUCUCUCGGGCCAUCACCAAAUUACUAUAUACCAUUAUGGUGCCAUCUCUUGCAUCACUCCAGGCUUUUAAUAAGUCCCUUGGUGACAACAAAAGAACCUUAGUGCACCUUCUUCCUCACUCCUCUCAAGAAACAACAACCAUACCAUUUUGCUUUCAAUGGCCACCAUUUCAAGUAAUUUCGAAAAGAUCUCACUUACACAUCAUGUACCUUGCUAAUCAGGCAAUAGUUGGGUUUAGCUUCGUAAAUAAAAUUUUCCAUCAUGAAAUGGAAGUUGCUUAUUCCCACCCAGAAGCUACCAUGGAGGAUAUGCAUAAUCAAAUCUUUUAUUCACAUCGAGUGAGCCGUCGAAGUUGCAGCCCAUGUUUUCAAUCUUCCACAACAACUCUCCUCGCAAACUAUUGAUUUUCUUGCUAUAACUUUUUGAUACUGUCUCCAAAUUCACUCAUUCCAUAUUAGUGAUUCAAAUAACAAAUUGCAACACACUAUUUCAUUA